AUGUUCAGAGCUACCCUUUCCAGGUCCUCCUUGAUCCGCCCAUUCGCCUCCACCGUGCGCCCGGCCAACGUUGCCUUCGCCAGAUUCAUUUCCGACGACACCAAGCACGCGAUUGAGACCGCCAUUGCUUCCGCCAAGGUUGUUCUUUUCAUGAAGGGGACCCCGGAGUCGCCACAGUGCGGCUUCUCCAGAGCCACCAUCCAGACCUUGGGUGCCCAGGGUGUCGAUCCUGCCAAGUUUGCCGCCUACAACGUCUUGGAAGACGAGGAGUUGAGACAGGGGAUCAAGGAAUACUCAUCCUGGCCAACCAUCCCACAGUUGUACGUUGACAAUGAGUUCAUCGGCGGCUGUGACAUCAUCACCAGCAUGAACCAGAGCGGUGAGUUGACCGAGUUGUUGGAACAGUCCGAGGCUUUGGUCGACUUCGAAGCCGAAGAGACCGAGCCAGAGGCCCCAAAGGCCGCUGAGAACAUUAAGCCAGCCAAGAGGUCGUAG